CAACCCAAAUGUCUUUUUUCCAAUGUAAUUCAAAUUCUUUAUGUUAAAAGGUUGGACGAUGCAGGUUUAUUUAUUUAACCAAUAAACAGAUGCAUGUGCCUGACUAUACGUCUGCUAGUUUCAGCAGGACUUUGUUGACUUGUAAGUGAUCUCUCUAACACCAUUUCUCUGUCCACUGCCUUUCUCCGUCUGCUUCUCAGUCUUCACUCUGAUCCCAGUAUAGUUUGUUCUUGUCUACAUCUUUCUUGCAUUUCACUUCUAUUUCCUUUCACCCAUCUCUACACUCCUUUUGCUCUCUCUCUCUCUCUCUCAUCUGUUUCUCUAUUCUCUACUUCCAUUCAGUCAUAUUCUCAUUUUUCUUUGCUGUUAUCAUCAUUUCUUGUUCAAUUUUUCUUUUUUCCUGAGAGUUGAGUUUUUCUUUAAAAAAAAAAAAAUCAAGAUGGUGCUGGAUAUGUUUAUCUCCAUCUUCACCGAGAUCAUUAAAGAUCCCAUCAUGCAAUUCGUUGUCGUUCCUAUCAAACGACACAUUAGUUAUCCUUUCACCUACAAGACCAAGGUUGAGAGGCUCCAGGAUGAGGCUCAGCAAUUGAACAGCAAAAGAGACAGGUUGAAGCAAUCAGUUGCUGAUGCUUCAAGAAGAGGGGAGGAGAUCUACGAUGACGUCAGCAAGUGGCUUAUCAGUGCGGGAAAAGCUAUUCAAGAAGCCGAGCAACUUAUCCAAGCCAAAGAACAAGCGAAGGAGAGGUGCCUCAUUGGUUUGUGUCCCAAUUUGAAGACGCGCUACCACCUCAGCAAGAAAGCAGAAAAGAAAGCUUCGUUGAUUGAUAAGCUUCGGAAUCAGGGUGGACUUGAACCAAUUGGCCACCAUCAACCUCCAAAGCAGAAAGUGGCCCCAUCUGUGUAUGAUCGUGAGGAACUGCCUUCGAGGAAGUCAAUUUUGAAGGAAAUAAUGGAUUCGCUGAGAGAUCCUAAUCUUAACAUGAUUGGUGUUUAUGGGAUGGGCGGGGUCGGUAAGACCACCCUAGCUAGGGAGGUCCAUAGACAAGCCCAAGAUGAUAAGUUAUUCGAUGUUGUGAUUUUUGUUGCUGUAUCACAAUCGCCAGAGCUCAGAAGAAUUCAAGCGGAGGUUGCUGAAGUCUUGGGUCUUGAUCUUGAUGAGGAGGGAAUCCUCCUAAGAGCAAAUCGACUAUAUGAGAGAUUGAAUAAAGAGAAGAUACUUAUCAUUCUUGAUGACAUUUGGACAAACCUUCAAUUAGAGGAAGUGGGAAUUCCAUUUGGGGCCGAUUGCAAGGGAUGCAAAAUAUUAUUAACUUCGAGGAGAAGAGAUGUGUGCCAUAGGAUGGGAGCGCAGAAAGUUUUGGAACUUGAAGUUCUACGAGAAGAAGAGGCAUGGAAUUUGUUUAAAUUCACCGUAUCUGUAGCUGAUGGCCAAGAACCGAAGUUACCUCCUUUAGCAGCCGAAAUUGCAAAAAAAUGUGCAGGAUUGCCGCUUCUCAUACUCAAAGUUGCUACAGAUUUGCAAAUGAAGGAGUCAUAUGUGUGGGAUGAUAAGCUGAAGCAACUUUCUGACUUGGAUAAUGAAGAAAUACAGAAAAAGGUGCACUUGGUUCUUAAGUUAAGCUACGACAAUUUGCCUCGCAGUGAACUCAGGUCGUUUUUCUUGCUUUGUGGUCUGUUUGGACAGUCUAAUAUUCAGAUCCAAAACUUGCUAAAAUAUGGUAUGGGUGUGGGUUUAUUUAAGCACAUAGCUACUGUUGAAGAAGCGAGAAACAAAGUAUAUACUUUGAUUGAUGAACUGAAAGCUGAGUGUUUACUGCUAGAUGGUGACAUGAAUGGAUAUGUGAAAAUGCAUGACACUGUUCGGGACACUGCCCUGUUAAUAGCUUCUAAAGAGCAACAUAUUUUUAUAGGCACAAGUGGUGCUGCGUUGGGGGAAUUGCCAACCAAGGAUUGCACCAGAAUUUCAAUACCUUACUGUGAUAUCCAAGCACUUCCUCAAGGGAUGGAAUGCCCAAAAGCUGAUUUAUUGUCGGUCUUCACUGAAGAUCUUUCUUUGGAUAUCCCUCAAUUAAUUUUUGAUGGAAUUAGACGACUCAAAGUAGUGGAUUUUACAGGGAUGUGUUUCAUGUCUCUGCCUUCAUCACUUGGUUUCCUAACAAACCUUCAUUCCUUGUGCUUGCAUCGAUGCCAUCUGGAUGACAUAGCUAUCAUUGGAGAGCUAAAGCAACUAGAAGUUCUCAGUUUAGCAGAUUCCUAUAUUGUUGAGUUGCCCAGACAAAUAGAACAAUUAAGUAGACUAAAAUUACUGGAUAUCGGCAAUUGUUCCAAUCUUAAAGUCAUUCCAGCAAAUGUCUUAUCCAAGUUGUCCAUGUUAGAAGAAUUGUAUGUGAGCAACAGCUUUGUUGAAUGGGAGGCGGAAGCAAUCAGCAAUCAGGGUAAUGCAAACCUUGCUGAGUUGGAAGGGUUGUCUCACCUUAGAACUCUGGAAAUACAAGUUGUAGAUGCGAAGAUAAUACCAAAAGCCCUGUUCUUCAAUGGAUUGCAGAGGUAUAGAAUACUCAUAGGAGAUGUAUGGGACUGGCGUGGAAACUUUGAAACUUCAAGAACUCUAAAACUCAAGCUCAAGACAAGUAGUUACUUGGAGCAUGGGAUUAGAGUGUUGUUGAGGAGACUGAAGAUCUGUAUUUAGAUGAAGUGAGAGGAAUUGAAAAUGUGUUGUAUGAUAUUGAUGGAGAAGGCUUUCCACGGUUGAAGCACUUCCACUUCCAAAAUGACGUUUUGAUUCAACGCAUUAUCAGCUCACCGAAAUGGGCUCCAUAUCCUGCCUUUCCCAUCCUAGAGUCCUUGUUUUUAGAAAAUUUAAUGAACCUGGAGACAAUUUGUCA